AUGAUCAAAGUCAAAGUGGAAUUUCUAGGUGGUCUAGAUGUGGUUUCCAAUGGUGUAAGAGAACAUAAAGUCACUUUAGAGGGCGAAGAAGGUCAGGUCACUAUGAAAGAUCUCAUUGACCAUGUCGCAAAGACUGUGAUUUGCGAUGCCAGAGACAUCCCGGUUUUUAUUCAAGACGAUACGGUUCGUGCGGGCAUUCUAGUUCUCAUCAAUGAUACCGACUGGGAACUCGAAGGCAUGGAGGAUUAUGUGGUGGAGUCUGGGGAUGUCUUCACCUUUACUUCCACUCUUCAUGGUGGGUAG